UACAUGACUUUGGAAUUUGCCUCUAGUGGGACGCUGUGGGAGGAUGAACACAGAAGAGCUGGAGUUAUUGAGUGACUCCAAAUACAGAAACUAUGUAGCUGCAAUUGAUAAAGCACUAAAGAAUUUUGAAUACUCCAGUGAAUGGGCAGAUUUGAUAUCGGCACUUGGAAAACUUAAUAAGGUUUUACAAAAUAAUGCAAAGUACCAAGUGGUACCCAAAAAGCUGACCAUAGGCAAACGCCUAGCUCAAUGUCUACAUCCAGCAUUACCAGGUGGAGUUCAUCGGAAGGCACUUGAAACAUAUGAAAUUAUCUUCAAAAUCAUUGGACCUAAGCGACUUGCCAAAGAUCUUUUUUUAUAUAGUUCUGGACUAUUUCCUCUUCUUGCAAAUGCUGCCAUGUCGGUGAAACCAACAUUGCUAAGUUUGUAUGAGAUAUAUUAUCUGCCUUUGGGUAAAACACUGAAGCCUGGUCUACAAGGAUUGCUAACUGGUAUUCUUCCUGGCUUAGAAGAAGGAUCAGAGUACUAUGAGAGAACAAACACAUUAUUGGAAAAGGUUGCUACUGCAGUGGACCAGUCGGCAUUCUACAGUGCCCUCUGGGGUAGCCUUCUAACCAGUCCUGCUGUGCGUUUACCUGGAAUCACGUAUGUUCUUGCCCAUUUGAACAGGAAGCUUUCCAUGGAAGAUCAGCUUUAUAUAAUUGGCAGUGAUAUCGAGCUAAUGGUAGAAGCGGUAAGCACUUCGGUGCAGGAUUCAAGUGUACUGGUACAGAGAAGCACACUGGACCUCAUACUCUUCUGUUUUCCAUUCCACAUGAGUCAGGCCACUCGACCAGACAUGAUAAGGAUCUUGUCAGCAGCCCUGCACGUAGUAUUAAGGAGGGAUAUGUCCCUGAACCGAAGACUUUAUGCCUGGCUUCUCGGACCCAGAAGCACAAGACACAGCAAUCCUGAAGAACACGCUACUUACUAUUUCACUACCUUUUCAAAAGAGUUGUUGGUUCAGGCAAUGGUGGGGAUCUUACAAGUGAAUGGAUUUGGAGAAGAGAGCACUUUAAUGCAGGAUCUAAAACCUUUUCGUAUUUUAAUCAGUUUACUGGACAAACCUGAGCUAGGACCUGUAAUUCUAGAAGACGUCCUCAUUGAAGUGUUUAGAACAUUAUAUUCUCAGUGUAAAGCAGAAUUGGAUCUUCAGAUGGAACCACCCUUCAGCAAGGAUCAUGCUCAGUUAAGCAGUAAAUUAAGGGAAAAUAAGAAAACAGCAGAACUGAUUAAAACUGCCAACCUUCUCUUUAAUUCCUUUGAGCCUUAUUAUAUGUGGGAUUAUGUUGCACGUUGGUUUGAAGAAUGUUGUAGGAGGACACAGCAUGCCAGACUUCAUAGUGGGCCUGGAGAUGUUAACGACUCAUCUGAAUUACAGCUGACCAAUUUCUGCUUACUGGUGGAUUUUUUGUUGGAUAUAGUUUCUUUGGAGACUUAUAUUGAAAUCCAGACAGAACACUUGCCCCAGUUGCUGCUCAGGAUGAUAUCUGCUCUGACAAGCCACCUCCAGACAUUGCACUUGACUGAACUCACAGAUUCUCUCAGGCUUUGCUCAAAGAUCCUUAGCAAGGUUCAACCUCCUCUGUUAUCUGCCAGCACUGGAGGUGUGUUGCAGUUUCCAAAUGGGCAGAACAACUCAGUCAAGGAGUGGGAAGACAAAAAGGUAUUAUCAGUUUCUCUUGAAAAUCCUACUGAAGUGUUUGAAGAUGGAGAAAAUCCACCAAGUAGUCGCUCCUCAGAGAGUGGAUUCACUGAGUUCAUACAAUAUCAAGCAGACCGAACUGAUGACAUCGACAGAGAACUGAGUGAGGGACCGGAGGCAGUUGCCAUCCCAAUUGGCAGCACAUCAUCUGAAACAGAAACGGCCUCCACUGUGGGAUCUGAAGAAACUAUCAUCCAGCCCCCUUCCCUAGUCACUCAGGGGACAGCACCCCAAAGUGGGAAGACAGCGCAAAAAACUGCAAUGCAGUGCUGCUUGGAGUAUGUCCAACAGUUUCUCACCAGACUUAUCAACCUCUACAUCAUUCAGAGUAACUCUUUCUCUCAGGCUUUGGCUACAGAGCAUCAAGGGGAUCUUAGUCGAGAGCUAGGAGAGACUUCAGACUGGGACAGGGAUUCCCAUAGUGGUGUAAAAGAGAGAAACAUAAGUAAACAGAAAACUUCAAAAGAAUACCUUUCUGCCUUCCUUGCUGCCUGUCAGCUCUUCCUGGAGUGCUCAAGCUUCCCAGUUUACAUUGCUGAGGGGAACCAUACUUCAGAGUUAUGUUCUGAAAAAUCAGAGACUGACUGGGAGCACGUGCAGCCUCCACUGUGGCUCCAGACGCUGAUGACCGCUUGCCUCCAAGCAAGUGAUUGCAGUGUGCAGAGCGCUGCGAUUUCACUAGUGAUGGAUCUGGUAGGGUUGACUCAGUCGGUGGCCAUGGUCACUGGGGAAAACAUCAACAGUGUGGAGCCUGCACAACCCUUAAGUCCAAACCAGGGAAGAGUAGCUGUGGUUAUUAGACCUCCCCUCACUCCGGGCAAUCUGAGAUAUAUAGCUGAGAAGACUGAAUUUUUCAAGCAUGUAGCUUUAACAUUGUGGAACCAGAUGGGAGAUGGGACACCUCAGCACCACCAGAAGAGUGUGGAACUGUUUUAUCAAUUACAUAACUUGGUUCCUUCUUCUAGCAUCUGUGAGGAUGUUAUAAGUCAGCAGUUGACCCAUAAAGAUAAGAAAAUAAGGAUGGAAGCACAUGCAAAAUUUGCAGUUCUUUGGCAUCUAACGAGGGACCUCCAUAUAAAUAAGUCUUCAUCUUUUGCACGGUCUUUUGACAGGUCACUGUUCAUCAUGUUAGAUAGCCUUAACAGUCUCGAUGGUUCCACCAGCUCUGUGGGACAAGCCUGGCUGAACCAAGUCCUGCAAAGACAUGAUAUUGCAAGAGUUUUGGAACCACUGCUAUUGCUCUUGCUUCAUCCCAAAACUCAGAGGGUUUCAGUGCAGCGGGUACAAGCAGAACGUUAUUGGAAUAAGGCCCCCUGUUAUCCCGGAGAAGAGAAUGACAAGCAUUUCAUGCAAAACUUUUCCUGCAAUAAUGUAAGCCAAGUACAACUCAUUGCAUCGAAAGGAAAUGGUGAAAAGACGCUUACCAUGGAUGAAAUAGAGAACUUCAGUCUUACUGUUAAUCCAUUAAGUGACAGACUGUCCCUUCUAAGUACCAGCAGUGAGACAAUUCCAAUGGUUGUAUCUGAUUUUGAUCUUCCAGACCAACAGAUAGAAAUACUUCAGAGUUCUGACUCUGGAUGUUCUCAGUCCUCUGGUGGGGACAACUUGAGUUACGAAGUUGAUCCUGAAAACGUGAAUGCACAAGAGGAUUCCCAGAUGCCAAACGCAGGCUCCCCAGAUGAUGAUGUUCAGCAGGUAGUCUUUGACCUGAUAUGUAAAGUCGUAAGUGGCCUUGAAGCAGAAUCUGCGUCAGUGCCAUCUCAGUUAGAAAUUGAAGAUAUGCCCCCAAAGGACAAUGAUGUAGAUCCAGGUGAGGAGAUGAUUAAAAGUGAAGACCAGUCCGCUCAGCAGAGUCAGAUUGCUUUGCCGAGUAACGAAAAUUCUCAGUUUUUGUCUGUGUCUGCAGAGGAAGGCUGUGAGUGUGUGCCAAAUGGAAUCUCCAGAAAUAGUUCCUCACCUUGUAUUUCAGGAACCACACAGAUUCUCCAUGACUCUUCUGUUGCUGCUACAGAAACCAGAUCUAGACAGAGAAGUCACAGCAGUAUUCAGUUCAGCUUCAAAGAAAAAUUAUCAGAAAAAGUCUCAGAGAAAGAAACAAUUGUUAAGGAGUCAGGUAAACAACCAGGAGCAAAACCUAAAGUAAAACUUGCCAGAAAAAAGGAUGAUGACAAGAAGAAAACUUCAAGUGAGAAACUCAAACAAACCAGUGUUUUCUUUAGUGAUGGUCUGGAUUUAGAGAACUGGUAUAGCUGUGGAGAGGGAGAGAUUUCCGAAAUUGAGAGUGACAUGGGUUCUCCAGGUUCACGGAGAUCUCCCAAUUUCAACAUCCAUCCACUCUAUCAACAUGUGCUUUUGUAUCUGCAGUUGUAUGAUUCAUCAAGGACUCUGUAUGCUUUUUCUGCCAUCAAGGCCAUCUUGAAAACUAACCCCAUUGCUUUUGUAAACGCCAUUUCAACCACGAGUGUGAAUAAUGCAUAUACUCCUCAGCUGUCUCUGCUUCAGAACCUAUUGGCCAGACACCGGAUUUCUGUUAUGGGCAAAGAUUUUUAUAGUCACAUUCCUGUGGACUCGAAUCAUAAUUUCCGGAGUUCUAUGUACAUAGAAAUCCUUAUUUCCCUCUGCUUAUAUUAUAUGCGUAGCCAUUACCCAACUCAUGUCAAGGUCACGUCACAAGAUUUAAUAGGCAAUCGAAACAUGCAGAUGAUGAGCAUCGAAAUUUUGACACUCCUCUUUACGGAGCUGGCAAAAGUCAUAGAAAGCUCUGCGAAAGGUUUCCCUAGUUUUAUCUCUGAUAUGUUAUCUAAGUGCAAAGUUCAGAAAGUGAUUCUUCACUGUUUGCUGUCGUCUAUCUUUAGUGCACAGAAAUGGCACAGUGAAAAGGUGGCAGGUAAGAACAUGGUUGCUGUGGAAGAAGGUUUCUCAGAGGACAGCCUGAUCAAUUUCUCAGAAGAUGAAUUUGACAAUGGCAGCACACUCCAGUCACAGCUUCUUAAAGUGCUUCAGAGGCUCAUUGUUCUAGAACACAGGGUAAUGACUAUCCCUGAAGAGAAUGAAACAGGUUUUGAUUUUGUGGUAUCUGAUCUGGAACACAUCAAUCCCCAUCAGCCCAUGACUUCUCUUCAGUAUUUGCAUGCCCAGCCAAUCACAUCUCAAGGCAUGUUCCUCUGUGCGGUGAUACGAGCUUUACAUCAGCACUGUGCUUGUAAGAUGCACCCACAAUGGAUUGGUUUAAUCACAUCUACUCUGCCUUACAUGGGAAAAGUUCUACAGAGAGUGGUUGUUUCUGUGACACUACAGCUUUGCAGAAAUCUAGAUAACCUAAUUCAACAGUACAAAUAUGAAACAGGAUUAUCUGAUAGUAGGCCUCUGUGGAUGGCAUCAAUUAUUCCACCAGAUAUGAUUCUUACCCUUUUGGAAGGGAUCACAGCCAUUAUCCACUACUGUUUGUUGGACCCCACUACCCAGUAUCACCAACUUUUGGUCAAUGUAGACCAGAAACACCUGUUGGAAGCCCGCAGUGGAAUCCUCUCGAUCCUUCACAUGAUCAUGUCCUCUGUGACACUGCUUUGGAGUGCACUGCAUCAGGCCGAUUCUUCGGAAAAGAUACCCAUUGCUGCAUCCGCCUCUGUUACCACCAUCAAUCUUGGAGCCACAAAGAACUUGAGACAGCAGAUCCUAGAAUUAUUGGGGCCCAUUUCAAUGAAUCAUGGUGUUCACUUUAUGGCUGCCAUCGCCUUUGUAUGGAAUGAAAGAAGACAGAACAAAACCACCACUAGGACCAAGGUUAUUCCUGCAGCCAGUGAAGAACAGCUUUUACUAGUAGAACUGGUUCGUUCAAUCAGUGUCAUGAGAGCAGAAACUGUCAUACAGACGGUGAAGGAAGUUUUAAAGCAGCCCCCAGCCAUAGCCAAGGACAAGAAACAUCUUUCUCUGGAAGUCUGCAUGCUUCAGUUUUUCUAUGCUUACAUUCAAAGAAUUCCAGUGCCCAAUUUAGUGGAUAGCUGGGCAUCAUUGUUGAUACUUCUGAAAGACUCCAUACAAUUGAGCCUUCCAGCCCCAGGGCAGUUUCUUAUACUUGGGGUUUUGAAUGAGUUUAUUAUGAAAAACCCUAGUUUGGAAAAUAAAAAAGACCAAAGAGACCUCCAGGAUGUGACUCAUAAAAUAGUGGAUGCGAUCGGUGCAAUCGCGGGUUCUUCUUUGGAACAGACAACAUGGCUGCGGCGAAAUCUUGAAGUUAAACCUUCUCCCAAAAUAAUGGUAGAUGGAACCAAUUUGGAAUCUGAUGUUGAAGAUAUGUUAUCACCUGCAAUGGAAACCUCAAACAUAACUCCUUCUGUAUAUAGUGUCCAUGCAUUGACAUUACUCUCUGAGGUUUUGGCUCAUCUUUUGGAUAUGGUUUUCUACAGUGAUGAAAAAGAACGGGUUAUUCCUUUACUUGUAAAUAUCAUGCAUUAUGUUGUGCCCUACCUCCGAAAUCACAGUGCACAUAAUGCCCCUAGUUAUCGAGCCUGUGUCCAGCUGCUUAGCAGCCUUAGUGGGUAUCAGUACACACGGAGAGCUUGGAAAAAAGAAGCCUUUGACCUCUUUAUGGAUCCCAGCUUCUUUCAGAUGGAUGCCUCUUGUGUUAAUCAUUGGAGAGCAAUUAUGGACAAUCUGAUGACACAUGAUAAGACGACAUUUAGAGAUUUGAUGACUCGUGUAGCUGUAGCUCAGAGCAGUUCACUUAAUCUCUUUGCAAACCGGGAUGUGGAGCUAGAGCAGCGAGCCAUGCUUCUGAAGAGAUUAGCAUUUGCUAUUUUUAGCAGUGAAAUUGACCAGUAUCAGAAAUAUCUUCCAGAUAUACAAGAGAGAUUGGUUGAGAGUCUCCGUUUGCCCCAGGUGCCAACUCUUCACUCUCAAGUGUUCCUGUUCUUCAGAGUGUUACUUUUAAGAAUGUCUCCACAACAUCUUACCUCACUCUGGCCUACCAUGAUCACAGAACUUGUACAGGUAUUUUUACUGAUGGAGCAGGAACUCACUGCUGAUGAAGACAUUUCACGGACUUCAGGCCCCUCUGUGGCUGGUCUGGAGACAACCUACACAGGAGGUAAUGGCUUUUCUACUUCAUAUAACAGUCAGCGGUGGUUAAACCUCUAUCUUUCUGCUUGCAAAUUUCUGGAUCUGGCUCUGGCAUUGCCCUCCGAAAAUCUUCCUCAGUUUCAGAUGUACCGAUGGGCCUUUAUUCCAGAAGCCUCAGAUGAUUCCGGUUUGGAAGUGAGAAGGCAGGGCAUACAUCAACGAGAAUUUAAACCUUAUGUAGUACGACUUGCAAAGCUUCUUCGGAAAAGGGCAAAGGACGAGGAGGACUUUAAGACAGUGACUUUGGAGGGACUGGAGAUGGCCAAGCAUCAGAAAAACCCGGAGGAGGACAACUCAGGGAGAGCGCUGGGCUGGGAGCCGGGGCACUUGCUGCUCACCGUCUGCACGGUGCGCAGCCUUGAGCAGCUCCUGCCAUUCUUCAACGUGCUCAGCCAAGUCUUCAACAGCAAAGUCACCAGCCGAUGCGCAGGACACUCAGGGAGCCCCGUCCUCUACUCAAACACCUUCCCGAGCAAGGACAUGAAGCUGGAAAACCACAAACCAUUUUCCAGCAAAGCCAGGCAAAAAAUAGAAGAGAUGGUAGAAAAAGAUUUUCUGGAAGGGGUGAUAAAAACUUGAGCAACAUAGUGGUUCCAUUUAGUUUAAAUGUAAAUGUAAUUAUUUAAAACAAACAUUGCUCUGAGUUGUAUAGUUUCUUUUUGUUUUCUUUUUUUUUUUUUUGUAUGUAACGAAACACGUUUCAGGUUGUAUUUAAGUUAAAUAUUUGUAAAUAAGAACGAAUGUCUGACUGUGGCCUGAAUCAAGCUUAAAUAUUACGGGCGCAUAUUGAUUAUGGUGCCUAAGAGAGAUCUAUAUAUACAUAAAUAGUCCAUUAUGGUCCAUUGUUUUACUGUCCUGAGUUGUCUUAAACCUGCCAAAUACACACUGCACAUUUUUUCUAUUGGUUUCAGGCUUUGUUUAAUUUAGAUUGGUUGGGGAUUUUUUUUCUUUACCUUAUUAACCCACAUUCUAGUAUCAGAAAGCCAUCACUUCUCUGUCAGAGGCUUGGUAAUGUAUUACAACUCGUUUCUCCCACAUACCUUCUCCCACAUACCUUCACUAAGAGGAGUAAUGAAUAAUUGAAGCCUGGGCCACACAUCCUUCCUUGUAAGUGUAGCACGAGCAUCUCAACCUCGGUACGGAGUACAGGUGUAUACAGCCUCCACAGUCACAAUUCCAAAUUCCUGGUGAUGUUAACUGAAGAGAGGUAAGUCAUCUAAGAAUUGUUCUGGAGACUCUGCUAUGAAAAAAUUGGUUUUAUGAAGUCUUCUCCAACCUCCUCGUUUGUAUUAACAAUGGUGAGUAUUAGUACUGCAAAAUGACUGAGGUGACAAUGACGGAAAAGACAUCAUAUGGAAUUGGUAAUAAAUAAAGUUUAAUUUUCUAGCAGCCUUCAUGAAUUUUUCCUUGCAUAUAUUAUAAAGUUAAUGACUGAAUCAUAUACUUAAGCUCCAAUAGUUUACAUUAGUGUGAUUGAUAUUAGGGGUAAAUUUCAGUUUUUAAAAAAAACUAAAUUUAAACAAGUAUAAGGGCUUACCUAUUUCUAAAGAAUGAUUCUGGUAGUGUUUGUUUAAGAAAAAUAAUCAGAUCUAGAAAUAAUCCAGUAAGGUAGAGACUAAACACUUAUGAUUAUGUGUUUGAACCUGUCACAAUAAUGGCAGUACUAUUAUCCUGUAAAAAGUUUUUAAAAGUCUAGUUUCUAAAAAAUAUAAAAAUUGUCCUCAGAAACCUGGUUGAGGUCUUUCUCCAAUCCCUCCAGCCAGCUGAAAUACUGCCAAGCUCACUUCAUAUGCAAGGCUGUCCGCAUUUUCCUGCAAAUUACAUGAAAGGAUAUUAGAUGAGAAAGACACAGCAUCUACCAGGUUACUUGCAACUUUAGGGGAGGCAGCUUUCUGAUUUUGAUUCACUAACAAAUAUUCAAAUGAGAACUUUUUUUCAUCUUUCAGUAACAAAAUACAAGACCCUCAGAUAAAUGGAAAACAAGUCACAGUCUUCUAAAUCGGCCCACAGAUUCUACCUGUCAGCAUCUAGCCUCUGGAAGUACUCUGUAAACCAAGAAUAAUGCAGAGAAAAUAUUUACAGUUCACUCAACAGGCUAUCCAGGACUCGCUUCAAAAUAAUAUUAGGGACAUGGAGGGCACUUGUUGAAAUCUGUUCUCUCUACACAUAUCUGUAUAGAGGGCGUCCCACUGCUGUACGGUCAAGCCCUUCAGAGCCAAGAUUGCCUCAAUCACCAGCAUGUCAGAAAUAGCAUCACCAGUUGCCUGCAAGAUGCAGAAGCAGAAUACAAGCAGAGCGUGGAUAUGAAUGCUUCUGUCUCAGAAAACCAAUCGCCAUGUCCUGGCUGCCCUCCCCACCCCACCCCACCCCACCCCCGCCCCCAAUGCAGGUAACUGACGGGGGUAAAUACAAACUACAACGAGGGAAAAAGGUAUCCAUGGAAGACAGCAGUAACAGGUCUACCAAGAAUACUGAGAUGAGCCUGCCUUUAAUCUUCCUGCUCAUCUGUGAAGUGUAACGAACUCUUAAGGUUCCAGCAUUAACACUGUAUGACUCAAAAUUUUACUUACAACUAGAUCCCUUUUGAGAUACUAUUGCCACGAUGAUGGAAGGCCUCAUGCAUGGUAAAGUGGAGAAAUAGGAGCUUUGGUGGUAAGACACACCUAAAGUUGGAUCCAUACUGUGCCACUGAGUCGCUCUAAGUAAGUCUUUGUUUCUUCAUUUAUAAAACAGGAAUUAUAGUGACCCCUCUCCCUCUGUUACUGCAAGGAUUACACAGUGAGGUAUGGAAAGUGCCCAAUAUGUGCAGGACCCUCAAAUAUUAGUUCUUUUGCUUUCCGCUAACCUACACUUUGCUCUUCCAUUGCCAUAUUCUCCACUCCAAUCCAAUAAUCUGACCCACAUAUGUGCCUUGUCAGAGACUAUUUUUCCUGAAUUCCCUUGAGAAAGCUGGUUUCAAAACAUGCUUAGAUACAUUUAGUAGCUGAAUCUGUUGACUCCAGCUAUAAGCUACUCAUUACUUGAAAAUAUGAAGCACAUAAACAUUGUCACUGCAUUUCAGUAUAAAUCUAAAUUGUUGCAAGGAAGCCGCCACAACUUCUGCACUCUGAUGUUUUAUACAGCACGUUAUUCUGUCCACCUUCUGAAUAAUGUAAAAGUAACCAAGAGUCCACCACCCCCUCAGUUCUGACCUGGUUAAACAAGUCAAUCACGUUUUCAAGCAUCUUAGCAGCUUUCCUUUUCUUAUCUUCUUCUAAUUCUUUUGCUAGUUGUUUUAUCUUCAUUUCAGCAGCUUUACUAAACAGAACCUACAAUCAAAGCAUAACAAAAAUCAGAAAACACUAUCCAUGCCCCAGUCUUACGUACGAUCAUUCCAACUAAACUGCUUUUGAAACUCUCCAUGACUCUGGAGAAACUGAGGGGAAAAUGGCAGCCUUAGAAUGUAUGAAAUUAGUAUAAAAGACCAAAUCAGAACUCAGAAGAUAUUACAAGGGAGGUGGGGGGGAGUUCCUUCAUGGAUUAUAAAACUGGGUUAUCAAAAUGUAAAGAUUACAAAUAAAAUAUCCCAUUGCCAAAGGAGAAUGCACAUGGUGAGUUUAUGAUGUUGCCCUCAGCCAGCUGAACCAGUGCUGGGCAACCAGGGUUCCUUCCUUAAGCCUUAUCUGUAUCCAUUUUACUUUGAAGAAUAUAACUCACUGCAGUUAGUACAGUUUUCUUGUCCUAAGCUUUUAAGGACAUAAACUAAGCAAAAGUAGAAAAGAGGUUCAUCUUAUAUAUUACAUAUGGCAAACAGUGCCAUGGAUGUUUAGUAUAGUAAACAUCAUGUUGCUCAGGAUUCCUGCCCUUCUGACUUGCCUCGCCCAUGCAUGAUUUUAGUGCCUUCGGAGGCCCAACACUAAAGAGGAAAAGCUCCACUACAUUCAGCCACUUGAUGAUAUACAAAGAAGUUUGCUGGUAAACUAAGAUGCACCCUGGUCACUUGUUUUGUGGAACCACGGCCAUUUCCAUUCAUUUACCCUCCACCAGGAGACCUGAGCAGAUGCGACAUACCUUAUGGCCUGUGAAGACUAAAAUAUUUACUAUCUAUCUGCCCUUCAAAAUAAUUUACCAACCCUUGCAUUAGAUCACUGAAGUUAUAUUUUAAUUGCAUUUUCUAGGAACUCAUUUUUCUUCUCAUAUUCAUGGCCUCUAGAAGCCAAUUUUGAAUUAAUGAAAAUUAUUUGACCUAGAUAAAAUUUUCUGUUAGCCACUUCAAGUCCAUUUAUGAAAUGAGGCUAUGUAUAAAAAAUUUAAUAAAUAUUCUGAACAUUAUGAAUAUGCUAAAGACCUAUUAAUAUACGUUAAAAUAGUGAAUGUUAUGAUACGCGAAUUGUAUCUCAAACCUUUAAAAUUUUCUCUGCUAAGAGCCAUAAAAAACUUUAUAUGCCAAUUCUAA